UGGCGACGUCUGUCAAGUUUUGCUGAAUGAAAUGAAAACUUUUAGGAGUUUUGUUAUAAAAGGACUAGUUACUGGACAUGUUUGGAUUGUAAAUAAUCUUAUAUGGAUAUUUGAUAUUUUUGAAAUGGAUAAAGCGUUCAAAAUGGUUUGAAAUUUAGUUAUGGAACUGAGUUUUGAUAACAAGUCUGAUUAAUCCAACAUGGAAGAAAAUGUAACACCAAGUGAUGAUGAGAAAAGUAAGAGAGUUUCUCCAAAGGUUGCAAGGCCAAAACUUCCAAAAUUUGGAAGCCAGACCUUGGGGCAUCAUUUCAGACACAAGACUGAUCCCGGUCAGGCCAGUGAGAUUAAAAAUCUUAUGGAAGAAAUAAAGAAAUGGAAGGAAGGGAGUAUAUUUGAUAAGACUCCAAUUCGAACAAAAAUGAUCAAGCCGCAACAAAUGAUCCCAAAGGCACAUUCAACACAAACCUCACCCAGGAGCUCUCCUCCCCCAGGCUCCCCAGGGUCAGGAAAAAGGAGCUCUAGUCUGAACAGAAACAGGAGUAAAAGCUUGAAAUUAUUAACUGACAAACUGAAAAGUCCUAAAGGUGGAUCUACUAAAGAUGCACCAUCUAGUCCAGGCGUAGUCAUGUCUCAAAGCACUCCUCCAGGUACUGAUAUGUUUUCUAAAAGUAAUAAUACAGUGGGUUUAGAUGCACCCAUUUUUGUGGUAGAUACUGGUGAUGGUGAAACGGAACAAGAAAUGAGGCCAAUGCAAGAAAGUGAUAAAGAAAGAACAUCCAUUGUUGAACCCAUUCCAGAACAUGAUGAGAGAAUUGAAGAAGAUGAUAAGGAAAGGGAUAAUGAAACAAAACCUGAUUAUGACCGGUCAUUUGACAAAAAUGUUAGUUUUUUAAAAACAGAUGUGGUAAAACCCAAAGUAAAGUAUGUAGGACAAAACAUUGAUGAAGAAACUGCAGCUAUGUCUGAUGGUGACUCACCUGUUACACAUGUUAGUUCAUUUACUUUGCAUCCAAUUGACAGAAAUUCUCAGUUUUUAAGAUUAAGACAAACUGCACCUCCUAAACGAAGACCCGGUUAUGCCGGUUUAUCUUUACCAAGACCAAAGAUUUCCAUGUUUAAAAAGCAACCUGAUGACAGUUCGCAAGAGCCAGCUCGCUCUAUGGAUGAUAGUGUAAUAAAGAAACCAACAAAGCUGGAUUUACCAGGAUUUUCCAGCAUGCGCAAGCUUUCAACACCUAAGUGUUUACCCUUAUUAAAAUCAAAAGAAGAAUUUGGUGCUCUGGAUAUAUCAGGACAUAAUUUGUUCAGAACACCAAGCACUGAUAGCCCACCUUCUUUUAUUGGAGAAGAGAAUGCAAUAGAAUCUCCAUCAGAUUCAAAGAGUUUAGAUGGUGAUAGAAGUGAACCACAAGGUGCUUUUAGUGAUAAUUUUAAUGUUGAAAGUGAACAAGAAAUAGUGGUCGAUGAUAAACCUGAAAAGAGAAUUAGCAGAUCACCGAAACAGAAAUCCAAGAGUGACCCUAGUGGAAACAAAACAUUCGACUUUGAAACAGCAGGAGUUAUAAACUCGAGUCAGUCUAAGAGUUUUCCAUUACUCGAUAAAGAAUAUCCACCAGGUUCUAUUGAAGAGAUUUCUGAAGUGGAAGAUUCUGGUACAGAAACUGUGACAGACAAUCUGGAAAGACCAGAUCCGACUGAACUGGAUAUUUUGAACAAUAAUGAAAAUCCAACUCUAGAGGAACAAAGACAAUCAUCUGGUGCAUCUGUAUCAUUUUCAGAUACUGAUAGAUUCGAGAACGAUUCUGUGUCAGAUGAUACAAGUUUAUUUUCUUCACAAAGCAACAUAUCUGAACCCUUUGAUGACCCGUCGUGUAAAACUUUGAUCCUUGAAGGGUUCCCAAGACCAUUUUCGGAAGGAAUGGCGCCAUUGCAGGAAGAUGGUGAUGAAGAUGCGCUCACAAACUCGUGUGGGUCGGAAAGUUCAACCUCAACACCAGUAAGUUACUCUCCGACUGGAACUUUGGAACGCCAGCAUAAUUUAUUAAAUGUCCCGUCACCAAAACGUCCAAUAUUGAGAAGUGUUAGUUCCGCAAGUGUUUUACAAAGAGAGCGGAAAUUAUCUGGAAAUAACAAAGACAAAGAGAAUCAUCGAAAGCAUUCGUUAACAACAGGCGAUGAUACGGUCCCAAUUGAAGGGCCACCCAUGGAUUUUCUGCCUAUCGGCGAUGCUGGAAACGUCUUGGCAAGCAGCAUGCCGGCAGUUUGGAAUAUGGACCGAUUACCAUCUAUGUCCCCAGAAAGGGAAACACAGUAUGUGAAGGACAAACGCUACCACAUUACAGAAGAGCUGUUCCGAAAUGAGCGGGAAUAUGUGGAUGCCCUAAAAAUGCUUAAAGAGCGAUACAUGGACCCCCUAAAGACUGUGUCGGGUAUAGACGAGCGAGUGGUUGACAACAUAUUCUACAUGAUUCCAGAGAUUUUGACACACCACCAGAUAUACCUGGAGUUUCUAAACCAGAUCUGGACACGCUGGAACACCGACACCUCCACUGUCGGCGACCUUAUACAGAAAACUUUUUCUGGUCAGACGGUCCAAGACAGUUAUCUGUCCUUCGUGGAGAACUACAAGACAUCAGGGAAAGUCAUCGAAAAUGCGCUGCAAACUAAAUCUUCCGUCCAAAAGUUUGUUGAGCAAUGUCAGAAGGAGAGUGGGAGCAAGCUGUCCUUGAAGGACCUGAUAGUGAGGCCCAUCCAGAGGAUACCCAGAUAUGAGCUCCUUAUACAGAGGCUGUUAGUAAACACCCCACCAGACCAUCCAGAUUAUGCCCUACUCCAAGAUGCAGAAAAAGUUAUGCACGAAUUCGCACGUAAAAUUGGCUCCCUCUCGGAAACAAACACGGAGGAUGGGCAGCAAGAGACGCUGAAAAAACUAGAGCUACUUCUCAUAACAGAUCUUGCGGUACCAGACAGAGCCUACCUCAGACAUGAUAUGGUCAACAUUAUGAACAAGAAGGACCAGUGUUGCAUUUGGAUGUUCUCGGAUGUGUUGAUCAUCAGCAGCGUGAAACGGAAAAGCGGACCCGUUACCAGAAAAGUCUCGAUUAUAUUAAAAUCUCCGACAGGGCAAGAUUUUGCUGAAAAUGUGAAGCACAAAGUUUGGCUGAAAGUCGGUUUGGACGACAUUGAAAUUGUCAAAAGUGCAAGAACAUUGAAGCGUGAGGCGUCGUUGGACCGUGAACAGGUGGAAGAAGACCUUGACCUUCUGUCCAUGAUCCAGGAUGUUGCCUCUAAACUCAACUGUCAGCAUGCUGCCCUAGAUGACUGCAUGAAAGAGCUGACCCAGAAUCUCAACAAGCAGCUGGUGGAACAUGACAUGAGAUCCUCGCUCCUUGAUGCCAGCAAGAUGGAGCUGCUUGUCACGACACAGGAAGGAGUUACAAACCUUGAAGUGAACUUUGUGUCUGUGGAAAAGCGCACCAGCUGGGAAUCUACAUUCCUUGAUGCAAAACAGAAACUAUCCCAGCUGUCUGACAGAAGGGCAGCAGAAUUCUUACAGCCCCUACAGAUCACCAAGACCCGAGCUGGGAUGCAGUUCUCCUGUGCUGCCCCAAUUGAUGGCGUGAACUCCAGCGGGCAUCGAGAUGUCUGGGUGUGUAACAGCGAUGGUUACGUGGGCCACAUGUGCUUAUUGAGCCUGCAGCCCGAGCCCAUAGUCACUCUGAACACACCUGUGCCUGGGUGUAAUGCCCGUAUAUUGUGUAUAUCUGCUGUGCCUGCUUUGGCUAGCCUAAGGAGGAAAAGCAGCUGCAAACGUUACAGUAAGCAUGGCCCUCCGUCACCCAUGGGUGAAUGUGGUCCGCGGAUCUCUGUAGAAGAGGUGGACUCUGCAAUCACUGAGGAGGAUCCGCGGCCUGAUGAAUUCUUCCCGUCUGAUUUCCCCGUAGAUGAGGUCAGCGAGGAAGGGUACCAGUCUGAUUCGAGCUCUAGCGAUGAUGAGACUGACGAUGAUUAUAUUGCCACUCGUAAACUAUAUGUUGAAGACUUUGAUGCUAAGCGUCCAUCCACAUCAUCUGGCAGUACGGGAGGGCCAGACUCCAUAACAACGACCGGUGCCUGGCACCAGGAUAGAAACAAGUCUACUAUGUGGCUGGGGACCGAGGAUGGAUGCAUUCACAUAUUCCAAUGUACAGACAAUAUCAAAACAACAAAGAACAAGUUGAAGAUCCAGCUGGGCUACCCUGUCUACUGUAUACUCUAUCUGGACAACAAAGUGUUCGUUUCCUUGUCCAACGGUGAUCUCAUUGUGUACAGACGGGACUCGGAUGGUCUUUGGGAUACAGAGAAUCCCUACACACGGGCGAUCGGCAGUGUAACGGGCCCUAUAGUGCGAAUGUUGGCUGUGGCAGGAAAACUCUGGUGUGGUCGACAAAACUCCAUCUGUGUGAUAAACCCACUUACACUUAGUAUCGAGAAGACGUUCCAAAUGCACCAGGACAGUAAUCGCAGCGUGCAGUGUAUUGUGAACUCCGGCCAGGGAGUGUGGAUAGCAGCCCAGCAGAGUUCCAAGGUGCUACUGUAUCAUGCGACGUCGUUCGAGUUUCUACUAGAAGUCAAUAUUGCGCUGGCUGUCAAUCAGAAACUACAAUCUGCUGAUGACAUAAUCCGUCAACACAAAGCAGCUUGCCUGAGAAUCACGGCGCUGCUGGUGUGUAAGGACCUGUUGUGGAUUGGCACGAGUGCAGGGGUCAUUCUUACUGUCCCUGUGCCAAAAAUAACCUCUACAACGAGUAAGGGCAGUCUUACAGCACCCACAGUCACCGGUCGUGUUCAUGGUCACACAGGUCACGUACGAUUCCUAACAUGCGUCGAAAUGUCCCCUAUCAACAUGCCACCAAUAUUGGGCAGCGGGAAAACCCGUGCUGACACAGCAAAUAACAAUCGAGACCCCCCGUCCCCACAUGAUAUCAGCAAGCGUAGAUCGUCAGUCGCUACUAUGACCGCGGCACUGGCGACAAGGAUGUUGGUUAUAAGUGGUGGGGAUGGUUACGAAGAUUUUCGAACGAACGUUGUGAACGAGUCAGCAGGAAAGGAUGAUAGUACAAAUCAUUUACUUUUGUGGCAAGUUUGAUGAGAAUUUCUUGUGGGACUGUAUGGAAUAAUUUGGUGAAAAUGAGAUGAUAAAAUUAAAUAUAUUGGUGCAAGUGGUAAUGUGCAGUGUUCACCUGUUUGGUUGACUGAUUGUCGGUGAUACUUUGUAAGAAAUGUAAUCAAGUUUAGCUGUAACUAGUCGUGGUUAAGAUGUUUAUAAGAAAUACUCUUUCAUGAAGAGUAAAGCGCCUGUUGUACUGUUUACUGUUGUUAAAUGUUGAUGUUUGUUUUUGAUAAUUUUUACAAUAAAAUUGUUCACUAGGAGAUCUGAAUAACUCUUAUGAUAUUGAAUGACCCAUCUGAUUUUUAAUAUUUAUACAACUUACUAACUCUUAAAAAUGACUGCUUUUUUAUAUGAAUUUAGAUUAUAUGUCAUGAUUGUAUUUUAAGUCAAAUUCUGAUAAUGUACAUAAAAGUCUUUACCUAAGAUUUCUUUAAAUAGCAAUAUGCAUGUUUCAUUGCCAUCUAAAAAUUUACUGAAGCCUUCAUAUAUCUGUUUGAAAAUAAUAUUGUUCGUGCAAUUAUAUAUAAAAAAAUAUUGUUUAAACAUGGUAAAGUUAUAACAUACAUGUGUUAACAGUAAUUUUGCAUUUAAAUGUUGAUGUCAAAAAGAUCAUUUAUGUAUUAUCUGUCUCAUUUUAAUCAUAGGUGGCAGUGUCAGUCAGAGAUGGUUUAAGAAUGUUUUUUAAGAUAUCCCCAUUGUCAAAUACCUCUGUAACACUACUGAGCUAUGCUUUGUUGUGUACUGUGGGAGAUAUGUCUUGGAAAAUUUUGUAAUCAGAAAUAAUUUAUGUGGCAAUUUUAUUGGUUCUGCAAGGAAACCGCUCUUGAAAUCUUCUGAUGCACAGACACUUGUACUAAUGUUUUCCCGUAGAAAAAGUAUUCUGGUGAAAGCUCGAAUUGAACUGAGUCCGCCUGAUCACUACAAGUUAUAGCAAUUUAGACCACUCGCCUGUGGAGAUAACUGACAGUAAAGGGUUAUUGAAGAGUAUUUAAUUGUAACAUGCCGUUUUAUUGGUUCAUGCAUAUUCAUAUAAAGGAGAUUUUGUUAGUCAAUUUCCCCACGGUAUGUAUGAAGUGUAAUGGCAGAAGUACCAUGGUUGCCGACAAUGAGAUAUCCAUAAAAGAGUUUAGUUCCUGGAAUUAAGCAUACACAUAAAAAUCCUUCUUCAGUAUUUUACUCUUUAUUCUGUGGUAACCAAGAAAAUUAAAUCCAUUUUUAUAUAAUCUGUCUCAUGUUAACCAUAGGUGCCAGUUUUAGUCGGAGAUGGUUGAAAAAUGAUUUGGAAUAUAUAUCCAAAACAUAUUUUUUUCACCAUUUCUGACUGAUACUGUCUCCUGUGGUUGUAACUAGUAUUUUGAAUCUAGGUGCUAUAUUAUAUGUUAUACUUCAAACAUUUUGAUGGUUUUAAUGUUAAUUUAUAUUAUUUUUAUAUCAUAAAUAUGAGUCUGUGAAAUGGUGCUACAGGAUUUUCUAUGCAAUCUUACAUUUAUUUUACGAAAUUAAAGAAUAUAAAAUGUUUUUAUGUAUGCCAUUUUAUACACUCGUCUUUUUUAAAUUUUCAUUGAAAAAAGUUGGGGUAUUGUUAUAGCCUUGGUGUUGUGGGGUUACCACAAGACUUUGACCUUGGGCAUGCACAAGAACUGUUCAGGAUAUUCAACUGAAACUUGGUACUUACGUUGCCAGAGACAAUAUCCACAUGAUUGACCCUGCCCAUGACUCUUGCCUUAGUAAUUGUCAUGUUAAGCCCCUUAUUAGACAUUGUUAACCAGACGAGCGUUGUUGUUCACACCGCGGCAGUCUUGUUUGAUCUGUUAUUUAACUAAAUGUCCUUAAAUGAUAAAUGUAAAAAACUAUAAUGCCUUUAGUCAAUGCCGAUUUACCUUCCUGUUUCGAUGUCAUAAAAUCUGUCAUAUCAAGUUUUUUUGAUGUGAUGUGUGAAUAUAUUCUGUGCAUUUCGUUUUGUAGAAUAUCGUAAUACAUAUACAUGUUUGUAUUUUAUGAAAUACAUGUAAAAUACAUGUAUAAAUCAGUCACUGACAUAUGUUAUGGUUUUUUGUACCGUACUGCGCCCUUGUGUAGUUUUUACAGUUCUAAACAUAAUUAUAUAUACUUAUUAUGUACAUUUUACUGUAAAUAUAUGAAUCUAGCUAGCCUAGACUCGAAUCAGUUGAGUUUUACAUACAGGUUUUUUGCGUAUUUAUAUAUAUUGUAGAUCAGAUAUUUAUAAUCAUUUACUAUUUACGAAGCCAUAUUCACGUUGUUGCUCUCUUCUCUGUGAUUUUUGUCUUAAGUUUGUCUUGAGUUUACGACUGUUGUUACGUGUUCUGUCUUUAUUGAAACAAAACAGGCGGUGGCCUGCAAUAAUAUAUCAUAAAAUUGAUUACCUUUUAAGUGACGAAAAUUGUUAAUUUUAAAAUACCUGAAGGUAGAUUAAGUUGAGCCGUGCUGUAUAAGGAAUCUCUAAUGCAAAGGAUGAUUUGCGAAGAAAAAAAAUUAAAGUCUCAAUUUACUGCCUUAGUGUUGGUUUUUAGUUCAUUUGUUUUUCAAAGAAUAAGAUGUUGAUGUAUUGUCAUAGAUUUUGUGUUGGUUGCAGUCUCGUCGGCAUUGUCAUCAUUGUCAAAAACUUGAACCUUGGCUGUUGCUCAAACAAAAGCGUUAAUGAUAUUUGGAUGAAACUUGGUACACAUGUUCCCAGAGGCCUUUAGGCCAAUUUUUUUGUAAAGCAAGACUGACAAAUGAUUCUUGAAUUUGGCCCCUUUGUGACUAAAAAACUGCAGCAAUGAGCUUGGGUUUCACUUUGCAGCAUUGUUUAAGAUUUGUCUCAAAAGUUCACCUCUUGCUUUGUAUAAAAAAUGAUAAUGAGCCAUUUUAUUAAGAAUUUAUUUUUGUCACUAUCUCUAUAACAAAUUCACCAGUUUUUCUUUAAAUUAUUAAUCAAUUUCAUGCUUCUUUUCAUGGUACCAUGAUUUGUGUCCAACUGUGCGUUAUUUCUGAAAGACGGUGCCUUUGUAUUUUAUCAAAUUACUGGUUACAUAAUUUAUAUGGGCUUUAUAAGCACCUCCUGUUAUUCAACCAUAGUGUUAAAAGGAAACAUUUCAUAUUAGGACAUUAUAAUUAUUCGCUGCUGUAUUUUUAUGUACAACAAUUUCGAUUUUGAUCAACUGAACAGUGUUUUUUAUACAUUUUAUAUGCACCUAAAGUAUUUUUGUUUUAAACGAUUCUUAUUUGUAUCUCUUUCAUAAUACAAGGAAACCUUUAGUAUUAUUACAUAUGUUUUAAUAGCAAAAUUCAACUACUUAUGCAAAUAGAUAAAAAAAAAAAAAAUGCAACAUUUUUUCACUUUUAAAAUGACAUGAUUAACAUUUUAGAUUUUUUAGAAUGUAAAAUUCAAACUAACAGUUACCAAGGUGCAAAUAAGCAAGCAUUAAAAAGAAUGACUUUAUAAUGAUGGCAUUUUGAUAUCACUUUUGUGUUGUAUUUUUGUAAAUGUCCACCGGAUAAAAAUACAAAAAAUAAUUAAAAGGUCAAUAUAAUACAAUCUUUAAAAGUGACCAUUGUGUUUCUAUCACAUCAGCGUCAGACAUGCUGUACUAACUCUUGGAGUGAUUAAUAUUUUUUUUUAACAUAGCCCUAUUUGUAUUGGAAACUUUUUCAUGGUUUAUAAAGCUAUUUAAUAUUUAUAAUAUAGAAUUGCAAUCACUUUUACGCCAUAAUACAAACAAUGGGCAGAUGUUAUAGAGCUUUGUUAUUGUUAACAGCAUCAAUAUUAAGUUUAAGAAGUGAAAUAUUUCAUUAUGUGCUGAUAUAUUUGAAUAAAACAAGCAUGGCUGAAGAGUAUGAAAAGUACUGCAGAUCGCAAAUGUGUCCUAGAAACGGGUCAGUAAAGUCAAGAUUUGAAAGUGAACAAUGAUGAUGUAAACUGCAUGUGCUGAUUGUUCAGAACCUUGUUAAAGUUAACAACUUUGUUUAAAUUAUUGUUGUUAACUUUCAAAUCUUUACUGCACUGGAAGUUUAAUGGAUACCCUUCUAAUCUGUAGUAUUUAUAAGAAUAUCUUGAGACAACUGUUUCACCUGUUUUUUUAUGUAAAUAUAUGAACACAUUAUCAAAAUUUUCACCUUUAAAGCUGCAUUCUCACAGAUUGAACGUUUUGACAACUUUUUCAUUUUUUGUCUGGGAACGAGCCAAUCUUUGCGAAAAUCCAUGGAAACAAGUUAUAUAAGACUGCUGACAAAAAAUUAGAUCGCAGAUUUUUAUAUUUAAGUUAAAAAAUUGAUGUUUUAUGCAUUUUCCUCAAACCGUAAUGGUUUAAGCCAUAAUACAUUAAUUUUCGAACGGAAAUAUGAAAAUCUGCUAUAAUCUGAUCUUUUGUCAGCAAUCUUAAAUUAUUGAUUUGCAGAUAUUUACGCGAAAAUUUGCUCUUUUCAAGACAAAAAAUGAAAGGUUGUAAAAAUGGUAAAUCUGUGAGAGUGCAGCUUUAACAAAAAGCCCAUUUUUAAUUUUAACAAAGUUCUGAAUACUCGGGCCUUUAUAUCUUAUAUGUUUCAAUGUACCUCAAUGUGUAGUGUUUUAACUGCCUGUUUCUCUGUGAUCAUGUUUCUCUUGUGCCAGACAUACCCCCUGUCCCUAUACAUGUAUUGUUACCGUAAGUAUUGUGAACUACACAAUGUCAGAAAUAAAUACCACAUUGUUCA